AUCCGCGAUUCCUUUUUCUUUCAUAGCGCAUUAAAUUGUAAUAACAUUAGAAGGAGCUCGCUCUCGUAUUUGAGACAGAAGGUGUUGUGAAACUCUAGAUUAUUUUCCCUGUAACGGCGCUCUCCGUGAAUCCAGCAGAGGUAUCUUCUCGUAGUUAAAGUUAGUCCCCAAAGCGGAGUAAUAUUGUUAGUAUUUACAGUGUGAUUGCAGAAUUGUCUACUGCGUGCACCUACCAUUGUCGAUUCGGUGUAAUCUGUGAACUCCUGAUGAUCCCGCCCCCAAAGACCCUGAGCUGAAUUCUCAUUGGAAGAAUGGAACGCCAGUCUUUCCUACACGAGUGAACACGCCAGUGGUGACCCCCUUUGGAGACAGAGAUCAAAGGCAAGGAGGCUGAAGUCACUACGCUGGAACCGAAGAUUGCUUUAAACAAGCAAGUCCUUCUAGAAGGUUUUUAAGUCAUGAUGCAAGAAUCUGGGACGGAGGCGACAAGCAACGGUCCAGCCAAUCAGAACGGAGCAGCGAGCGUGGAGGGCGGAGCCAGGGACGCGAGGCCCAAGAGCGCAACGACACUGUCGGCGGUGGACAUGGCAGCAGCUGACCUGAUCCAUCUCCAGCAGCACCAGGCUCUCCAAGUGGCUCGACAGAUCCUUCUACAACAACAACAACAGCUGCAGCCUCAGCAAGGCACCGGUCUAAAAUCCCCGAAUGAGAAGCAGCCAAGCCUGCAGGUUCCAGUCUCAGUGGCUAUGAUGACACCCCAGGUAAUAACUCCCCAGCAGAUGCAGCAGAUCCUCCAGCAGCAGGUCCUGAGCCCUCAGCAGCUCCAGGUGCUCCUGCAACAGCAGCAGGCCCUCAUGUUACAACAGCAGCAACUCCAAGAGUUCUACAAGAAACAGCAGGAACAGCUCCACCUCCAGCUCCUCCAGCAGCAGCAUGCGGGCAAGCAGAGUAAAGAGCAGCAGCAGCAGGCUCAGCAGUUGGCCUUCCAGCAGCAGCUCAUGCAGGUCCAACAGCUCCAGCAGCAGCACCUGCUCAACCUCCAGAGACAAGGCCUGCUCACCAUCCAGCCUGGACAGACCACCUUGCCCCUGCACUCGCUCACUCAGGGCAUGAUUCCAGCGGAGCUUCAGCAGCUGUGGAAGGAGGUGACGAACGUGAAGGAAGAGAACAGCAGCAGCAACAAUAGCCACCGCGGCCUGGACCUGUCCUCGCCACAACCCCCCAAGAACCCCCUCCUCAACCAACACGCCUCCACCAACGGACAGUACAUGAGCCACUCUCUGAAGAGAGAAGGAUCUACGCUAGACGACCACCACCACCACUCUCACCACAGUCACCCGCUCUAUGGGCACGGGGUGUGCAAGUGGCCUGGAUGUGAGGCGGUGUUUGAGGACUUCCAGUCAUUCCUGAAGCAUCUCAACAAUGAGCACGCCCUGGACGACAGGAGCACAGCCCAGUGUCGGGUGCAAAUGCAGGUCGUACAGCAGCUGGAACUACAGCUAGCAAAAGACAAAGAACGUCUUCAAGCCAUGAUGACGCAUCUCCACGUUAAAUCCACAGAGCCCAAACCCACCCCACAGCCACUCAACCUGGUGUCCAACGUCACCCUGUCCAAAACAGCCCCGCCUGAGGCCUCGCCCCCUCUGAGCCUGCCCCAGACCCCUACCACCCCCACGGCCCCCCUGACGCCCCUGUCCCAGGCCCACUCCGUCAUCACCCCCAACAGCCUCCACCACAGCGUGGGCCCCAUGCGCCGGCGCUACUCUGACAAGUACAACAUGCCCAUUUCCCCAGAUAUUGUCCAGAACAAAGAGUUCUACAUGAACGCUGAAGUCAGACCUCCCUUCACAUAUGCCUCGCUUAUACGCCAGGCUAUCCUUGAAUCACCGGAAAAGCAGCUAACACUAAAUGAAAUUUACAACUGGUUCACACGAAUGUUUGCAUAUUUCAGGCGCAAUGCCGCAACAUGGAAGAACGCAGUCCGGCAUAAUCUUAGUCUUCACAAGUGUUUUGUGCGAGUAGAAAACGUUAAAGGGGCUGUGUGGACAGUGGAUGAACUAGAGUUCCAAAAGAGAAGGCCACAAAAGAUCAGUGGAAGUCCAGCCUUAGUGAAGAACAUCCAGACCAGCUUGGGUUAUGGGCCGGCUCUCUCUGCAGCCUUCCAGGCUUCAAUGGCAGAAAACAACAUACCUCUAUACACUACUGCUUCCAUUGGAAGUCCCACCCUCAACUCCCUGGCGAAUGCCAUCCGAGAGGAGAUGAACGGAGCGAUGGACCAUGGAAACAGCAACGGUAGUGACAGCAGUCCAGGACGCUCUCCCUUGCCAGCUAUUCAUCACAUUAAAGAGGAACCACUGGACCCGGAGGACCACGAAGGCCCCCUCUCCCUGGUGACGACGGCCAACCACAGUCCAGAUUUCGAUCACCACAGAGAUUACGACGAUGACCAGGGCCACGAUGACAUGCUGUAAGGCCCCCAGGGGCCCAUCCCAGAGGCAGAACUAACCUUAGUCAUCUGUGAGACGCCACAACGUCACAGAUAACACAGAUACAAGACUGCAGUCUCAGCCUUCUGAUGACAGCUAUCAAAUGUUUCCAACUGACUUUUAGUGCCAUUAAAUACAUAGUGAAAAACACAAGAACGAGAAUACGUCCCACUUGGGAGUAUUUUUGAUUUAUAUCUACUUUUUGGUUUAAGUGAACGAAAAUAUGAAAAAAAAAAAAAGUAAUUUCUACUCAACAUGCGUUGGAUGGACAUGUUUGGUACUGGGGACUUCUUCUUGGUCAGUGUGGUGGUUUCAAAUCCAGGAUGGACUUGGACCUGCACUGUGCAGCCAGUAUGGACUGCAUGCAGCCCACUCAACCACACUGAGCACGGACUGCAGAGGGGUUCUCUCUCUCUUUCUCUCUCUCUCUCUCUCUCUCUCUCUCUCUUUCUCUCUCUCUCUCACACACACACACACACACACACACACAUAUGCCCAUAAACUCAAGAGAUAUUGACUGACAUUUAAUUUACACUGUGUGUGUGUGUGUAGAUUUUGUUCAUUGUCACUGCCUUCAAAACUUCAUUGGUUUGCUUCCAUCUAGGGUGGGAGGGAUGUUUUUUGGUGUGUUUUGAGGGUGAGGGUUUUAAAAUAUAAAUGUAUGUCUUUUUCAUUGUACAUUGCUGUUAUUGCAUUUGAUUUCUUUAACUGAUCAGACCUCAUGCCCAUGCUGUGGAGAUUCUGUAUGGUCAGCACUUGAUGAAUGUUUAUAUGAUUUCCUUUCAUGUUGUCUCGAUGUAGUUUUUUACAUGAAGCAGAAUGUCAAAUACCAAGUAGUAUUUUUCUGUCAUUUAUUCCACAUGCUUCAGAAUGCCACCUCCCUGACAUGUAGUCCAUCCCCACCCCAACCCCCCCAAGCUCAUGAAGUCCAUCUGCAAUGCACUACUCGUAAUGAAGGCUCUCUCCACGCAUCAGUGAAGUUUAAUUUAAGAUGAGAAUGAAUGACAGAGAAAUCAUGCAGGUUAUGAUUUAUCCUCAUGAAAUUAUAUUGGAGAACAGCCCUUCACGGCAGUGCAUGUUAGCUGCAACCAAAUUUCUGAUCAUUCGCAAGCUCCCAGUUUUAGAAAUAAAUGUCAGGUGUGCAGGACAAAGAUAAUAUUUUAGACCAACUAAUUGUGAUUCCUGAACACAACUGUCAUUGUAGAUCAAACGUGUCUAGUUUUCCACACUGUAAUUUCAUUCAUGGAGGGAUUGUUUGGCCAUGCUUGAAGAUAUCAAAGUGCAUUCCCUAUAGUUUUAAUGUUUUUUACCAUAUGCAUGACCAGUUGUCUCUCUCAGUUUUGAGUGAUUAUUAAUAAUUACACACAUCAGAUGAAAUAUUAAUGUCCUUAAUUUAGGGAUAAUCCCAAGACGGGCAAUAAGACCUGAUCAUUGCUUCAUUCCAGUAUUUGGCAGCCAUGUUACGGCCCCAGACGCCCACCCACACCACAAGGGAACUGAUGAUCUGGUACAGUCGGGUCAACAUCAGCAGAACCCAAUGACCAAGUCAGAGUAGUGACGUAGGCCCUGCAAUAGAGUGGAUGGGAUUGAUGCAGGAACUGUGGCGCUGUGAGGCUGAAUACAAAUGGACUUGAUCCUAGGUUUGGUAUAUGAUAUGAAACAGAAUAUGCUCGUACAAAGACUCACAAAAAUGACUUUUUAAAGACUGCAACCACUUUGCAUUUUUAAUUUAUUAUUAUUAUUUCAGUUUUUAGUUUUACUUUUGUAUUUAGUUGUUGAUGUGUCGGAUAUCUUGUUCUGUGACUACCAAAGAUAAACUACAAAGUAAAAACGAUGUUCUCUGUUUCAUGCAAUAGCAGAUAAGGCCAAAUAUCCUCCAUUCUCUCCCAUUGGAUGUGAAAGGAUCUAAAGAUGGAGGAUAGUCUCAGCUGUGUUAAGCCAAUGGCACAUUGAUUAGAGAGGAUGCUCCUCAAGCAGUUGGACUGUCAUUACCUUUAAAGCCAAAGGGGUCUCUUGAUGAGUAUAGUAGCUGCAGGACUUUGCGGUGACCAAAACUGAAAGGGAGAUGCAGAGUCAGACAAACAUUAUGACCAAAUUAGGGGAGCAUGGUCUUUGGACCAAUGGGAGGAAAAGGGAUCACUCUAUCCAUCUAUCAGCAGCAGAUUACUGUGCAACAUAAGAGGAUGGAUAAAAGGAGAUUAUAAUGAUGAUGAUUUAUCAGUAGACAGGAGAGCUUUGCAGAGAACAAUGUGAAAAGAAUUCUAUACUUCAACUGGACCACACAAUGAUUAAAUAUUUUGUUAAUUUUUUUAUUCUUUAUGGAUUUGUACCCUUUCCAACGAUUGUAUGCCACUCUUUAGUGAAUCCUGCUAUCUUGAUGGGAUUCUACUGUUCUUUGUUAACAUUGGCAAGGCUUUAUGAUUGUGUUUAGUUUCUGUCAACGUAUUACUUUUUAUAUUAAAAAACACUCCUGUCAACUAAUAAGCUGGGUACAAGGUACUUUAUGGCAGUUAUUUUAACAUUUCACCAUGCAUUUGCUAUUACUAAUGAAAAGGGCAAUCUGUGGUUUUCAGAAAAUGUAUUUAAUAUCCAAUAGCAGGCAGCUGUGGGAUGGGUCAGUAACAGCCGGACUGGGAAUCGUGAGAACAACUCGAGCUCAGCCAAAGCCAGUCUUUUGCUGGUUUGCUUGGUAUUCUAAAGGGGGAAAAGCUGGUAGAUUAGAACAUUCUCAGCAUGUGUAGCUUGACAUUACUAAAGAUAACAGCAUGAGAAAACUGUUAGUACACAGAUCUCAGUUCAAACCUAUAGGGAAUGAUUAAAUUAAAAGAGAAAAAAAAUGUUUUUCACUCAGUUGCACUUAGUUGUAUGUCUUGCAUGUGUAGUCCAAAACUGUAGAGAGUGAAAAAACAUUUUUUUAAACCAAAAAAAUUAUAAGAAUACAAAAUUUGAUCAUGUUUAUCUUGAGGGUCUCAUCCUUUGUGCAAAACCAAUCCAAACCUCAGGCCUUAUUUCAUGAAGAAAUCACCCAACUUUAUUUGAUCCCAUUUUUCACAAUCUAUUGUCAGUCAUUUGGUCGUGGGCUUUACAACAGUAGGUCGUUAGUAUAGCCUUAUGUCUUUUGCUUGUCAUUUUCUUUCCUUGUUUCUUUCAAAGAUCAAAAAUACAUUUGUGUUAUUAUUUUUGCUUUAUCGCAACUGCUUUGUAUUAACUAUAAAAUAGCUUUGAAAAACUGCUGUAUGUAUUGGAAUAGCAAACUGUACUGCAAAUGUAUUUUACUUAGUAAUCCUUGCUUUAAAAAGUCAUACAUGCAGACAUCUGUGUGAGAUGGGCGGGGGCAGGGUGGGGGAUUAUCCCAGAUUUAGGAUUUUAAACUGUAAAAUAGAAAACAGACUUUUCUCUGUUAUCAUUGAUCUAAGCAUUUUGUACAGAUUUUGUUCUUCCUUGUGUUAAGCUGUUUUUGAUACUUCCUUUUGAUGGUCCAACCACUGCCUUCUGUGGCUAUAUGUUAAAGAUUACUGCUUGGAGAAAGGGCAGACAGGUAUGUUUCCUCUACAAGACUGAGGUAUCUUGCAUGACUAAUUCCAGGGUCACAGAGAUGAGAAAUAAUAGUUAAGUGGUCAGUAAUAAUAUAAGGGUGUAUCAAUCUAAUGAUAUUUUAUAUGAAACUAAUAGGAAAAAGAAGAAAAAUAUGCAGUGCCAAGAUGUAGAGAAUAUUUGUUAAAUGCUUUGUUUUUAUUCCAGAGGAAUGAAUUAAUUCAUACAUACAUCAUCAGAGAUGUCAUCAUCAUCAGUCCAUCCCCAUUAGGUGACAUACAUACUGCUUUUUAGUUAUUCUUUAGCUCAACUGUUUGGAAAUGUGUUAAUUUUUUCAUGAUAAGUAUAGACAAGCACAGCAGGUAGCAGUCUUAAGUGGAGCACAAAGGUUAAAGGUUAAAAGUUUGAUGUGAAUCAGACUCUGUACUCAUCCUUGAUAUAUGUUGAUUUUUUAACAAGACAUAUCAACCCGAAUCGAGUAACCUUUUGACCUUGCUGUGCUCUGUGUAGGUGGCAUCAGAUUCCCCCUCAAGACACUUGCGGCCAUGCUAAUUUGCCACAUUUCCAUCAAUCAUGAUCCACCCCACUGUCAUUCACCACUGUGUUGUACCAUCAUCCUCUCAACCCGUGCUUCUGGCGGAGGGAGGGAAGAGGGUACAGCAGAGCAGCUGUCACGGUGCUUUAAUGUUUCAGCAGUUAGGUUAGUUUUCUGUUGAAGCUGUAGUCUGUAGUUUUCUGUUUAUUAACUAAAGAUUCUGCUCAUCACCUCCAUCAUCAGUCUGUAAUCUCCUCAUCAUUCCUGGUCUGUCUGAUGCAGACUAUUCUGUUGUACAGUCGGUCUCGAUAACUGACGUAAGCAUUCUAAAAAUGCAAUAAAAUGCUGGUUGUUCA